UUUCAUCCCUCCCCAUGCAUGCAUGCGCCAUGCCAUCCUCCAGCUUUAUGGAAACCCUAUAAGCUUUGUCUUUGUGUGUCGUCUCCUCGGAGAAUUUGCUAGCCAGCGACCCCAUCCAUAUCUCACCGCCCGCCCCUUUUCCUCUCGAACGAAGCAGGUGGCUGGCGCGGCUAGUCUCCGUGUCUAUCUGUGUGCACCGUCGGCGGUUGGGGUUGCAUUGGCCUCCGUGUCCGCCUCUUUAUCCCAGACAGCACAGCCAGAGCUUCCUCUCUGACAGAGAAGAUCGAAUCACACACUCUCGGUCUCGGCAGAUGCGCAACGCCAGCGACAGCAGCUGGUCUUCGUGUGUGGCGGUGCUGCAGCGAGCGCUUGGCCCGCAGCAGGCUUCACAUGGCUUCUUCGGCUUCGGCCUCCACCAGCAGCGGCUUGGUGACGCUUAUUCUCCUGGCGGCAUGGAAUUGGAACCCGACGCAGUGAUGCCGCCUCUCCUCUUCCGCUCCCUCGCGUCGCUCAACCUCCUCCUCCUCGUCGGCUACCUUCUGCUCGUCCUCCUCGCCAAGCUCUUCGCGCGCCUGCACCACAGGGCCACCGCCAAGGACAGAACAAGUAAUUGGUAUGAUGGCCGCUGCGACCACCGCACGGAGGCCCUGGCCACCGAUGAAGCAGAGUACGCCGCCGCCGCCGCCGAUAUCGUCCAAGCACAACAAGCGGACACGCUGUCCUGGUUCGACGAGGCCGCGUUCGAGGACAGCACCCUGGUGCUUGGCGACGAAGGAAAAGAUCACCCGUACGCCGCUACUGCAGCCACUGCACGUUGUUGCUUGCAGGUGGUGGAGAGCAACUUUCCCAUGCAGGAAUCUGCCCGCAUCUCGCCGCGCAACCAGAACCGCCGCGUCGAUGUCGAUGUCGAAGCCGAACCGAUGCAGCAGCAGCAGCACGUGCUGGAGGAGGCCAAGGGCAUCGCCGUCGAUGUCCAGCAGGCGACGGUCCUGGAACCGGAACGGCGGCGGAGUGCUCCUGCUCCAGUCGUCGUAUCACCGGAGGAUGUCUCCAUCCAAGGCAGUCUCCUAGGGAACAAGCAGGAAAGCAACAGACCAGGAGAAGACACUCGUCGCGACGCCCAUGCCGAGCACGAGGAUGAGGAGGGCCAGCAGGGGAAGAGCCUCGCUGAAGGCCACCAUAAUGUCAAGCUGUUCGUCAACAACCGUGCGCUCGCCGACGCCAGGAAGCUCCUGCUGGAGGGCGCGGUGAACGGAGCGCAGGCGCAGCUGCAGCUGCAGCUGCAGGACGACAAGGACAAUAAGAACGGGGACAGCUGCCGGCUCGACGCGUCGACGCUGACGAGCGGGUCGUCGACGUCCAAGAGCUCGGUGGAGUGGCAGAGCUCGACGGUGACCAAGGACUCGGAGACGGAGUACCCCUUCUCGUGCUCGUCGCGCCGGAGCUCCGCGCGGUGGGAGCCGUACACGCUCUUCCGCAAGUACGACGAGGACAUGGUCUACUUCCACCGGGUCGGCGCCCAGAAGCUCACCGAAACAGAGUCAUUCAGGUCCAUCAAGUACCAGCCGCGGUCGGUGUCGGAGAGGAUCGUGCACAAGCUGACGCCGAGCUGGCCGAGCACCCGCAUCGUCGGCCUGCGGGACCCGUACCCGGAGCUGGAGCGCGCGUACGUGGCGCAGGUGUGCCUCACGUGGGAGGCCCUGAACUGGAACUACACCAGCUUCCGGCGGCACAACGGCAGCGACGACGGCAGCGUCGCGGCGCGGUGCUGCCCGGCGCGCGUGGCGCAGGAGUUCCAGCAGUUCCAGGUGCUGCUGCACCGCUUCGUCGAGAACGAGCCGUACGAGCACGGCCGGCGGCCGGAGGUGUACGCGCGGACGAAGAACUCCACGCCCAAGCUACUCCUCGUCCCGGAGUUCAGAGACGAGGAUGACGAGAAGGAUGAUCUGAUAUCGGCGGUCCAGUUCCUGCUUAUACUGGAGGAGUCCAUCAGGACGUUCAUGGCGUUCCUCCGCGCCGACAAGAGGAGCCACUACGAGAUGUUCAGGGAGACGGUGAAGAGGAGGGCGAGCGCCAUGGACCAGACGCCGGUCGUCACACUCAAGAAAGCCAACAAGAAAAAGAAGAGCCGGCUCAAGGACCUGACGCGGCCGCGGCGGUGCCUCAGGAGGACGAGGCUGAGGCAGCAGGAGGAGCUGUCCAUCCUACUGGGCCUGAUCGACCUCAAGGUGGUGGCGCGGGUGCUGCGCAUGCCGGAGAUCACCGACCAGCAGCUGCACUGGUGCGAGGAGAAGAUGAACAUGGUCAGGAUCGAUCUGGUGGGCAAGAUGCAGAGGGAUUCUGCACCUCUUUUCUACCCUGCACAUUGACACGGACGUGGUGAUGCUGCCGCCGCUGCUGCUGUUGGAGAACAGUCUUGUCUGAUAAUCUUCUAGUAGCUCUUUUCUUUCUUCGUGUCUUCUUUUGUCCAAGAUAUGUAGUGGGAGAAGAGAACCAAAGGUAAAGUUGCACUGCAUUGACAUGAGAAUGUGCAUGGCACUUAGCCUGAUUUACUAGUACUGUAAAAAGGGAGAUCACGGAUGAUGUUAUUGUAAAGGCACAUACAUAUAUAUACUAGAGUAGUAAUACUAAAUAAGUAAGUAAAAUAUAUAAAUAAGAGACACACAUCUUGUAAUCGGACGCAUGUGGCAACGGUGACAAUGUUUAGAUAGAGUAUAUAUAUGGGUCCAGUGAGCCAUGGUAUUGUACUAUUGUAUACAUAUUCAUUUGCGUUUCUGACA